AGAUGUAAAUAUUGGAGAAACUGCAUAUGACAGAUUCGGUCUUUGUCCUCAUGUUACAAAAAAAUCUGCUACAUGAAUUGUGGAAGGAACUGUGAUCCAGUGGUGGGGAACUAGUGUAAACUCUUAACUUGCUCAUGGUUUUCCUGUUCCAUUUCUCUUCCUUCCCUCUCUCCCUCCCUUCUUUCCUUCCCCAGUACUGGGGGCUGAACCCAGGACCUUCACAGACCUUCACAGAGCUACAUCUCCACCCUUUCAUCACUGAGAUAGGAUCAGUCACUAAAUUGCCUAGGCUGGAUGUACUUGUGAUCCUCCUUCCUUGGCGUCCCAGAGUGCUGGGCUUUCAGGCUUGUACCACCACACCUGGUUCCCAUUUCAUUGUUAUAUCAAGUAUGGAUUGCAUGGAAAACCUAUGAUGCACAAGGCCUGGUACUAAAUAUUAUAAAUACGAAAUGAUAAACCAGAAAGUUUGGUCUCCUCUUCCACAGAGAACUCUUAAGGACCCCACAUAUCUAUAGCAAACCAUUUGUCUGUGUUAGAUAUAGCAUUUGUGGGUUUCUACCUUGUGUCCCCAGCCUUACCCUGGACACUCUGCUCUUUUCCCUUUAUUAUUUUAGAGCCCAUCAGUAUCAUACCCCUUCUCUCUGCCAGUGUGUCCAUAGGAUCCAUCCUUGGUGCACAACUCCUCUUAGUAAAACUGAUUCUGUGGAUUUAAACCACACUGGAUUUUGUAAAGGGAAGGGAUGUGACAUGAGGGCUGACUUGUAUCCCAUUCGAACAGGCAGAACUCUUCCAUUCCAUUUAUAUGUCCUCUCUGAAUUCCAGAUUGGCGGCAGUAAGCACACAAUGAAUGAUCACCUACAUGUCAGCAGCCACAGCCACGGACAGAUCCAGGUUCAGCAGCUGUUUGAGGAUAACAGUAACAAGCGCACAGUGCUCACGACACAACCAAAUGGGCUUACAACAGUGGGCAAGACAGGCUUGCCAGUGGUGCCCGAGCGACAGCUAGAGAGCAUUCACAGACGGCAGGGGAGCUCUACCUCCCUGAAGUCCUUAGAGGGCAUGGGGAAGGUGAAAGCCACACCCAUGACGCCUGAGCAGGCAAUGAAGCAAUACAUGCAAAAACUAACAGCCUUUGAACACCAUGAAAUUUUCAGCUACCCCGAAAUCUACUUCUUGGGUCCAAAUGCAAAGAAGCGCCAGGGCAUGACAGGUGGACCCAACAACGGUGGCUAUGAUGAUGACCAGGGGUCUUACGUGCAGGUGCCCCAUGAUCAUGUGGCUUACAGGUACGAGGUCCUCAAGGUCAUUGGGAAGGGGAGCUUUGGGCAGGUGGUCAAGGCCUACGAUCACAAAGUCCACCAGCAUGUGGCCCUGAAGAUGGUGCGGAAUGAGAAACGCUUCCAUCGGCAAGCAGCAGAGGAGAUCCGGAUCCUGGAACACUUGCGGAAGCAGGACAAGGACAACACCAUGAACGUCAUCCACAUGUUGGAGAAUUUCACCUUCCGCAACCACAUCUGCAUGACGUUUGAGCUGCUGAGCAUGAACCUCUAUGAGCUCAUCAAGAAGAAUAAAUUUCAGGGCUUCAGCCUGCCACUGGUCCGCAAGUUUGCCCACUCAAUUCUACAGUGCUUGGAUGCUUUGCACAAAAACAGAAUAAUUCACUGUGACCUUAAGCCUGAGAACAUUUUGUUAAAACAGCAGGGUAGAAGCAGUAUUAAAGUGAUUGAUUUUGGCUCUAGUUGUUAUGAGCAUCAACGUGUCUACACGUACAUCCAAUCUCGCUUUUACCGUGCUCCGGAAGUGAUCCUCGGGGCCAGGUAUGGCAUGCCCAUUGAUAUGUGGAGCCUGGGCUGCAUCUUAGCAGAGCUCCUGACAGGUUAUCCCCUCUUGCCCGGGGAGGAUGAAGGAGACCAGCUGGCCUGUAUGAUUGAACUGUUGGGCAUGCCUUCCCAGAAACUGCUGGAUGCGUCUAAACGAGCCAAAAAUUUUGUGAGCUCCAAGGGUUACCCCCGUUACUGCACUGUCACUACUCUUUCGGAUGGCUCCGUGGUCCUCAAUGGAGGCCGUUCCAGGAGGGGGAAAAUGAGGGGCCCACCGGAGAGCAGAGAGUGGGGAAAUGCACUGAAGGGAUGUGAUGAUCCCCUUUUCCUUGACUUCUUAAAACAGUGUUUAGAAUGGGAUCCUGCGAUUCGCAUGACCCCUGGCCAGGCUUUACGGCACCCCUGGCUGCGGAGGCGGUUACCAAAGCCUCCUACUGGGGAGAAGACGUCAGUGAAAAGGAUACCCGAGAGCACUGGUGCUAUCACGUCGAUUUCCAAGUUACCUCCACCAUCCAGCUCAGCUUCCAAACUGAGGACUAAUUUGGCACAAAUGACAGAUGCCAAUGGAAAUAUUCAGCAGAGGACAGUGUUGCCAAAACUCGUUAGCUGAGCUCGAGUCCCCUGAUGCUGGUAAUCUGAAAGAUAUGACAUAGCUGAGCCUUACUGGGUUAAAAAGGAGUAGCUCAAAACCUGUUUUUAUUUGCUCAAUAACUCAUUUGUAUCUUUUCAGCACUUAAUUUUAAUGUAAGAAAGUUUCUUGUUUCAUUUUUAUAAAAUACAUGGGGACAAUGCUUUAAGUUUUUAUACUUUCUGAAACUGUUUUUUGUGUUCCAAAAGUACGAUGAGCCUUACUGUAUCUAGUGUGGCAGAGUAAUAACAUCAGUGGCAGGCCAUUGAUUACGUCAUGACUGCCAUGCAUUUACAGAUUGGUCAAAGAUAUUCACUAUGUUUUUAUGGUUCCUGUGAUAUUCUCUCCAGGGUGAUGGCCUCCUCUUCUCUCCACACUCCAGGUUCAUGCACAGUCAUAGCAUGUCCUGCUUCCAUUUUCUGUAAAUCGAUCUUGGCAUUUGUGCAGGUAGAAGGAAAAUGGGCAGGAUGAAAACGUUAUUCUAAGAAAAACUGCACCUUAGAGAUGUUUUUUCCUCAAACAAAUACAAAAUAAGAUCCCAAAGGUUUAAAUUGCCCUGUUAGCAUUCUGAUAGUCUAAAAACUGGCAAAGCAGCAUUUAGUAGAUAAAUGGAAACGGAAAUGUGUGUGUUCCUCCAGAUUUUCUAACACGAUCAGCAAGCUGUUUUGUCAAGAAGACUCCUAUUACAGAAUUGGGUUUGCACCUAAUUUUAGAAAUGUAUUCCACGACUCUCCCUCACUUCUGUUUGCUCUUCUCUCUGUUCCUCUUUUACCACACAUCUGUUGCCUGCAUUUAGUUUUUCUUCUUCCUUCAAUCGUAUGUCCCAGACUGUUAAUACAGAAAGAGACAUUCAGCUGUGAUUGUGACCAUCGUUUCAUAUUCCAGUGUAAAAAAAGAACAGCAGCCUAGCUACUUCAGAUGGGGGUUUCCAUAGUUCCAAAGAAGAUUUAGCAGAUUAGAGUGAGUUCACAUGUUUUAGGUGCCACUGUAAGGUUCCCUUAGCCCGGGAAAAUAUCAACUCUUUCUUUAAAAAGAAAGAAGGUUGAAAGUCCUCUUCACGAACAGAAAUCACUGUGGUCCUUCAAUAAGGCAAUUUUAAUAUCACAUUUCAAGGGGAGAACUUCAACCUCAAGUUAAAUGGUUUGACUUAUUCUUUGCAUUAGAAGAACCACAGAAAUUGCAUUCCUGUUUUAUUUUACUUGCUUUUGGAUUGCACUGAUUGUUUUUGUGGGAAUGACACUUUACCUGAAAAAGUAACUGAGAGUUAGAUAAAAGAAUAUUUUCUCUGAAUAAUAAUUAUUUUCACAGUGAAAAUUUCAGUAUUUUAUCACUAAUGUAUGAGCAGUGAUAUACGUAUAUCAAUUUCAAGGCACGUGGAAAAAGUUUUUUAGUAUGUGCAAUUUAAUAUAGAAAGAUUUCUGCCUGUUUGAACAAUAGGUUUUGGGUAGUAUAAAUUAGGAUAAAUAAUCUUUUAUAUGCACAGAUGUUAUUGUAUUGCCUGUAAAUUGAUUUACAAACACUUAAAGCAUGGUCCCCAGUGAGGCCACGAAAGUUUCCGGUUAAGUUCUUUUCAUAUUAACCCUACAGUUUCUCUUACUUUUAAAAAAAGUGUAGUUUUGAACAAAACAUUUUACUUAUCUUGAGGCUUUGCCGGUUGAUGGUGGAAAAAUAUAUGCUCAGGUAAUAUUUCAGAUAUUUGCCAAAAAAACAGUAAAAAGAUUAGCUUAUUAAUAAGAUAGUAAUAUUGAUAUUUGCUUUACUAUUUAAGGAUGUCACUGAUAAAUUAAUUUGUACUUCUGUAUUUAGAAAUUAUAGCUUAUUUCCCCUAGUCAAAAUCUUCAGCGUGUUAUACACAUUUCUGUGUAAUCUGUGAAAGUGCAAUAAUUUUAGUAAGUUGCAUUUUAAAUGAUGCUCUUAUAAUGACACCCCAAUCAGUGGCUUAUAGGACUUAAGAUUUGUGUGUUUAUUACGAUUUUGGCUUAAAGGUGUAAGAAGUGUAAGACUGGGUUUGGUGGCUUUCUACAACCACAGGCCUCUUAAUAGUCAUUAAGUUAGUUCUUUAGCUCAUUAUAAAGAUUGUUUCCCCCUUACCAUUAAUGUUCCUCUUCCAUUUUCACUCAUUUUCACAUUUAAGUUUAAAAAUGUGAACCUGAGCCUGCCAUUAUUUAUUUCCCUGUAAAAUGAUUAUACAUGUGAAGUUUUAUAAAUGUAUUAAUAGUGUUUGUCUUCAUCCACCACACAAAACUGGUUCUUAAGAUGCCAGCAAUGCAUUUGUGACUAUCUUUAUUCACAGAUGCAACCGGAAACUUUUAAGCCAAAA